UGGCUGGCCGACAGACAUCAUCCCCUGCAUCUGUCCUAAGCAAGAAAGAGGCCAAGAAGGAGGAAAAGAGACUGACCAAAGAUCUGAAGCUCAUUACCCAGGAGAGAAAUGAGCUGAGAGACCGCUUGAUCUUUGUCACAGAGGGAGCCAUGAACAAGAGACCCUAUUACAGGCAAAAUCCACUGUAUGAAAAACUGAAGUUAAAGGAGAAGACGGUCAUGUCAUUUCUGAACAAAUUAGAGAUGGAGAACACUGAGUUCUGUGAGAAUGUCCAGGAGCACAAGAAGGAGAUUAACUUCUAUAGGUAA